AGCAACGCUGUUUCUCUCACGCUGAGCUGAUAAGAUCUCACUGAUUUCUGCUACCGACGAUGCCUCCGAAGGCUGCGAAAGUUGAGCUGUACGAGGAGAUGGCAGCCCUGGCGGGCGACCUGAAAGCUUCGGACCUGCAGGAGUCGGAUGCUGAGGACGAGGAGGCAGAGGAGGAGGCGCCAGAGGAUGAGGAGGAACCUGUUGCCAAGAAGCCUGCAAGGUUCCAGCCAGGUCGCUUCCUGGGCCCUAGUGCGUUGCGCUUGCGGGCCAUGAGGAGGCCUGCUUCUGCUAAGGGUGCGGCUGUUCGCCAGAAGCCAGCUUGCAACUUGAGGAGGCCCGCGGCUGCUACGAUUGGCGACGACGACGAGGGCGACGGGAAGCGGAGCCAACCAAAGAUGCGGAAGUUGCUGCAGAUGAUGGAUUCGCUGCCCCCCGAGACGAAGUCGCUGUGGGAGCAGGCGGCCCGUGAUCCGAAGGGCAGGCGUGCCAGAGAGACGGAGAUCGUGAAUAACCUCUUCCACAAGGUGAACGGAAAACUCGUGCUCAAGCUCGACAGCCCGUGGUACCAGAAGGAGAUCGAGCAAAAAAAAUCAAAGUUUGACCAGGACUCGUCAGAAGGCAUACCAAGGUCCGUGAUGAUCGAGAAAUUCCGUGACGGAGAAGAGGGGCUCAACCGAGCCAUCAAGGCAGGCGGAGUUCAAGAGUGGACGGUGGACGGCGUCCCCUACUGCGCGAUCAGGACCGUCCAGGUUGGCACGAGGCACGACGUUGUCGACAAGAACAGGCUCAGCAUCGGCAAGAAUGUGACCGAAGAGCAGGCGAAGAAGAUCCAAGAAGCAGUUAACAACAUGAACUUCGGUUUCCAGCUGACGAAAAAGGAGACAAGCAAGCAGGCCAGCAGCGAUGAGCUGCCCCAGAAGGCGAUCGACAAGCUGUCCACGGCCCUAUGCAUCCUCGAGAAGCUGCUCAAGGACGGUGAGAAGAUGUUCGACAAGCUGGUUACCAACGGAGUGCCGCCAGCUGCGGAGGGCAUCAAAGAUCAGCUGGAGGUCGCGGUCGAGGCGUGCAGUGUGGACAAGAAUGCGCUGACGAAGAUGUACCGCUUCAGGAAGGCAGCCGACAACUCGAAGUUGACGAUCCCCGCUGUUCAGGAGGCCCUCGCGACGUGCGCAGUGGACUGCGAGAAGCUGAAGGAGGCGAUGAGCCUGGCCAAGAGGUUCGCGAAGUAAGCGAGCACGUGAGGAUGAGGAUGUAAAAAUGAUGGAGAUUAUGAUGCCCAACGCAAUGCAAUACAUCCAACGCAACACAGCCAGCGUGAGUUAGAUUUCGAUUGAGACAACUAAGUGCUCUGGCGCAACGCGCGCGCCGAGCUGUCCUGCGUUGCUGGAGCGAUCUGGCGCGGCGCGGUCGACUGAA